AUGGGCAAAGGAGAUCCUAAGAAGCCUAGAGGCAAAAUGUCCUCAUAUGCACUCUUUGUGCAAACUUGCCGGGAGGAACACAAGAAGAAGCACCCGGAUGCUUCUGUCAACUUCUCAGAGUUCUCGAAGAAGUGCUCAGAAAGGUGGAAGACCAUGUCUGCUAAAGAAAAUGGAACCCACACACCUAUGGCAAAGGCUGGCAAGGCUCAUUAUGAAAGAGAAAUGAAAACGUGCACCCCCUCCAAAGGGGAGACCAAAAAGAAGUUCAAGGACCCCAAUGCACCCAACAGGACUCCAUCGGCCUUCUUCUUGUUCUGUUCUGAGUAUCACCCAAAAAUCAAAGGAGAACACCCUGGUUUGUCCAUAGGUGAUGUUGCAAAGAAACUGGGCGAGAUGUGGAACAACACUGCCGCAGAUGACAAGCAGCCCUACGGAAGGAAGGCUGCCACACUUUAG